AUCCACACCGUCCCUGCGGUCGAACGGAGCACACAGCCGCUACCUGCCAGGAGCAAUGGACGUGCUCCCCACUUCUUCCCGCCUCACCUUGGAGCCCGCGGAGUCGCGGGAGAAGCCGGGAGCGACAUGACAUCACCGGGACGGGAGAACAAAGUUCGCCCGCCGCCGCGGGUCGUCGUCCGUCCAGAGGCGGUGCGGGCUGCGGCUCGCUUCGCCGCGCUCGCCGCCCUGUGCGUCCUCUGCUACGGGAACUCUCUCCGCGGGGAGCUGGUGCACGACGACGUGUGGGCUAUCGUCAACAACCCGGACGUCCGACCGGGCUCCAGCCUGCGGAACGUCUUUAGCAACGACUUCUGGGGCAAGAGGAUGGCGGACAACACGAGCCACAAGUCGUACCGACCCCUGUGCAUCCUCACCUUCAAACUGAACAUCAUCCUGGGCGGCAUGACACCGCUCUACUUCCACCUAGUAAACGUGUGUCUGCACUUUGCUGUGACCUGCCUCCUCAUGCACACAUGUCAACGCUGCGUCUUCGAAGACUCACGCCUGGCUUUCAUUACAGCGCUGCUCUUUGCUGUGCACCCCGUCCACACAGAGGCCGUGUCUGGUAUCGUGGGCAGAGCCGACGUCCUGGCUUGUCUGCUGUUCCUGCUCUCAUUCCUCUCCUAUGUCAGGAGCGUGGCUGUCUCUGUGGACUCUGUGCCCUCUACGGCCUCCAUCUGCUCUCUGCUGCUCAGUUUGAUGCUGGGCACCUGCGCCAUGCUGGUCAAGGAGACGGGCGUGACGGUGUUUGGUGUUUGCGUGGUGUACGACGCGCUGGUGCUCAGCUGGAAGCCUCUCACCCACCGUCUGUCUGUCUCCAGACUCGGGGACCUCUUCUCCAUCUGCAGUCCCUUCAUCAAACGAGCUGGCCUCAUCUUUGCUUAUGUGGUGGUCAUCAUGUCCUUCAGGCUGUGGCUGAUGGGAGGAUCCAUGCCCCUCUUCUCUGAACAGGACAACCCCGCCUCCUUCUCGCCUCAUUUGCUCACUAGGACUUUGACAUACGCCUACCUGCUGCCCUUUAACGCCUGGUUGCUGCUGGCCCCCACCGUACUCUGCUACGACUGGCAGGUGGGCAGUAUUCCCCUGGUGGAGUCGGUGGGCGACAUGCGCAGCAUUGCCACCGUGCUGCUGGCGCUGGUGAUGCUGGGCCUAUGUGUGCGUUGCUUAUUGUCGCUGCAGAGGCAGGAAGGCAGGGAGGUGUUGGUGGGGAUCCUCUUCUUGGUGUUCCCCUUCAUUCCUGCCAGUAACCUUUUCUUCAGGGUUGGCUUUGUCGUAGCUGAGAGGGUUCUUUACAUGCCCAGUAUGGGAUACUGUGUCCUGGUGGCUCAUGGCCUGGGCCGCCUGUAUUCAGUGCUGGGCCGUUGGGGAACCACCGUCCUCAGCGUCUCCAUGCUGCUGCUACUGCUGCUCUUCUCCUGGAAGACGGUCCAACAGAACCAGGUCUGGCUCUCCAGAGAGGCUCUGUUCCGCUCUGGGAUCCAGACACUGCCUCACAACGCCAAAGUUCAUUACAACUACGCCAACUUUCUAAAAGACAGCGGGCGGCACCAGGAGGCCGUUCACCACUACAGCACUGCCCUCAGGUUAUAUCCUCGUCACGCCAGCGCCAUCAACAACCUGGGAACCCUGACACACGAUGUGGAGGAGGCCGAGCGCUGCUACAGGAAAGCCCUGGACAUCAACCCUCAGCAUAACCGCGCUCUGUUCAACCUGGGAAACCUUCUCAAGUUCCAGGGAAAGGAGCAGGAGGCCGAGGCUUUGCUGAAGGAAUCAAUUCACUUUGGGCAGCAUUUCGCUGAUGCCUACUCCAGUCUGGCCUCACUCUAUGCUGAGCAGAAACGCUUGAGCGAAGCCAACGAGGUGUAUUUGAAGGGUAUAGAGAACUGUCCAGACAGCUCGGACCUGCAUAACAACUAUGGAGUGUUUUUGGUAGACACAGGUGAAGGGGAGCUGGCAGCUGCUCACUACCAGCAGGCGGUACGCCUCCAACCAGCACACUACGUUGCCAUGGUGAACCUGGGCCGUCUGCUGAGGUCGUCCAAUGACAACAAGGAAGCAGAGUCUUGGUACAAGAGGGCGCUGCAGGUGACCAGGAAGGUGGACAUCCUGGCGCCACUCGGAGCUCUGUACUACAACACGGGUCGCUACGAGGAGGCCCUGCAGGUGUACAGAGAGGCUGCUAGCCUGCAGCCAGACAGCACCGACAUCUGGCUGGCUCUGGUGAAAACCUCAGAACAGCAGGGUUUAUGUUUGUGUGAGUGUUGGCUGGCAAACGUCAGUGAUUCCUGCUGUGGGUUCUGUCUCCAGGCUCAGGUUUUAGCCAUGGCCGGUCGUAGUAAAGAGGCCGAGAAGAUGACCCUGGACAUCAUAUCCAGACAAGGAAGCUGCAUCGAAUGUUAUCGCCUCCUUUCUGCCAUCUACAGUAAACGUGGCAACUUUACAGAGGCUCUGGAUGCUCUGGACCGGGCCCUGCAGCAGAACCCUAGUGACCUGACAGUGAGAGCAGAGCUUUAUUUCUCUAAAGGAAACCAGCUCAGAGAAAUGAAGCAGUUGGACCGAGCCUUUGAGAGCUACAAGCUGGCUGUGGAACUUAAACCUGAGCAGUCGCAGGCCUGGAUGAACAUGGGAGGGAUUCAGCACAUCAAGGGAGACUAUGCAGCAGCCAGGAUGUACUACCAGCGAGCCCUGCUUCUGAGCCCUGCUUCCAAACUCCUGAAGGAAAACCUGGCAAAGCUGGACCGGCUGGAGCGGAGACUGAGUGGAGGGGCCUAGGCUACUAAAAGUCCCCCAGAACCAGUAGCUUUCUUACCUCUGAAGCCCCCACACCAGUGUCCUGGCUGAAGUACGGAGUGAACCUGGUUCCUCAACUGGCCUGCCCACCCAGGAGCAGAGGAGGACAAUGGAGUUGUCAGGACUGAAAGAGUUUAAUGUUUCCUGGGAGAAAUGGAAAAUUAGAGCUCCAUGCAUCGCUGUGUCUGCACCAGCUUCACCUGCUUCACACGAGACUGAUUAUUUACUGUACUGCCAGGUUUUUUAAUCAGAGACACUGUUUCAUUUAUUUACAUUACAUUAUGUCAGGGAAUGGAGCUGGCUUAGGUGUUGCAGUCAGACAAACUCAGAAAACAUUUACAGACCAAAGCUGGGACAAAGGCACAGUUCAUUGUGUUUCUCUUAAUAUCUGGCAUCAAGUUCUGUGGAUCAGAAUUUAUAUGAAGUAGUAAGAAAUUAACCUGAACGUUUGUGUGAUUAAACAAGUCUCAUUUUGUGCUUUAGCUAAUGUGGAGCUACUGAGCAGCUUCAUGUAGAGUAAACUACUAGUGGAGCUGAUUAAUGAGACAUGAAUUUCAGUUAAGGCUUCCCACAAAUGAAAACAGGCAUGUCUGGAAAUGUGAAGACAAUGAAGGAAUGAGCUGAGAAGACCAACAUCAGUUACAUUCACUGAUUGAGAAACCAGCGCGUUGCACCAACGGUAGGUUUGGUGACAACAAAAAGCAAAUCUUGCCCAACACUCAGACUGUGUGACUGGUUUUAAACCAUUCAAAGCGGCCUCAACCAUGUUCAUGUGUGUUCUGACUUCAUGCAGGUACAGACUUUGUGGGGAUCAGGAGCUUGUGUGUCCCUUCUUGUGUGAAAGUCCAACCUGCCCUGUCAGGUGAAGAACCUGAAGAUUGCUGUUUGGUCGAUGCUUGUGCUUUGUGGACACUGAUGUUGAUUGUAAUAGAACAUUUGCUGUGGAAUGAAGAUGAAGUGACGAGUGCAGCGUCUGACGGCACCGUGGAAAUAAAAUAUAUUUGUUUUAUUAAA